UAGGCUCCUCCUCCAAGCCUUGAGGAUCAUCUGCAACUGCAUGCCCAACGCCUAAACAAUUCCUAGAAACAGAUCUCGCUAGAUCUGUUCACCUUCAACACAAUGGGCAGGUCUUGUUUUACAUGCGGAGCGGUUGUGGGGGUUUUAGCCGUCGUGGCUCUGCUGCUGGUCGCACCGGCUGAGUCUCUCAACUGUACUUCACAGAAGUUCACAAACAAGCAGGUGUACGCCAACUGCACCGAUCUUCCGCAUCUGAGCGCCAACUUGCACUGGAGCUACGACGCCUCCAAUUCCUCGCUGUCGGUGGCGUUCGUGGCCCCCCCGCCCAAGCCAGAUGGCUGGGUGGCGUGGGCCAUCAACCCCAAUGCGACCGGGAUGGCCGGGUCACAGGCCCUGCUGGCCUUCAAAUCCAACGGAUCCGUCACCAUCCAGACCUACGACAUCCGCUCCUACAAUUUCAGCCAGUCCGGAUUGAAGCUGGUUUACGAGGUGUGGGACCUGAGCGCCGAGGACUCCAACGGGACCAUCAAGAUCUUCGGCAAAUGGAAGCUGCCGGCGGGCACGAAGAAGGUGAAUCAGGUCUGGCAGGUGGGUCCGGGAUUGAACCCACAAGGCUAUCCGAUGAUACACGCAUUUCAGCCCGAGAAUCUUCAGGCCAAAGCGAACCUGCAGUUGGUCGGCCAUGAGGCUGUCAGCCCUACCGGGUCUGCCCCUGCUCCUGGACCCUCUGGCUCUGCUCCUGGACCCUCUAGCUCUGCUCCUGGAACCCCUGGCUCUGCUCCUGGAGCCCCUGGCUCUGCUCCUGGAACCCCUGGUUCUGCUCCUAGCGGGGCUUCAACGCUUAGAGGGGGACUCGGUGUGGGUCUGUUCCUCAUUCUUGGUAGUUUGAUUGCUUACAGAUCUUAGAUUUUGGAGAGCGGGACUCGGUGUGGGUCUGUUCCUCAUUCUUGGUAGUUUGAUUGCUUACCGACCUUGGAUUUUGGAGAUCGAUUUUCUUGUUCUGGAACUCCCCCCCCGUGUGAUAAACAUAAACCAUUUGUAUUGUACCAGACGUUGUUUAUGUGGAAUAAUAAUUUUAUUUCUUACC